AUGAACUGCAAUUGUGACUUCCCUGCGCGUUAUCUGAUCAGCCGGGAUGGCAAGCCGUGCUACACCUGCGGCCUCGGGCGCUGCCGCUUCUACGCCUUAGCCCCUGUUCAGUGCGACGGCUACACGCGCGUCACGCUUGGCGCGCCGGGCAGCCCACCCCUAGACACCGGCGUCGUCAUGCGCUUCGAGGCACUCGUCCACCCAGCGCACGAGGACGCGGCUGCGUUUAUGCUCCGCGUGCACGGCGAUCCAUCGCGGUGGGAAUCCUUGCGAAGAGAGGUGCUGCAAGAUCCACAGUUCGAGGGGGCGUGGUACACGACUGCCCGGGCGUUCCUCUACCCCAUGUCGCAGUACAGCCGCCUCGUCAAUGUGCUCAAGGCACGCGCGCUGCCCAACGCCGCGUUGGAGGAAAUCCCGUGCUUUUACUUCCGUUGUGUGGAACGGCUGCGACAGAUACCGCUGCGGUAUUCGGAAGACGUCGCGGCCGGUCGUGCGCGCCGCCCUGACCCCGACGACUGCGUCUUCCGUCAACUAAAGCCCUUCCAAAAAGAGGGCGUGCGGUUUGUGCUGGCGCACCAAGGUCGUGCGAUGAUCGCGGACGACAUGGGACUCGGAAAGACGGUGCAGGCCAUCGCGGUGGCCCACCACUACCGCGACGAAUGGCCGGUGCUUGUGGUGUGCCCCAUGUCGCUGCUGGAGAACUGGGCGAAGGAGUUCAACAGGUUCUGCGGCAUCCCCUACGCCCGCAUCGCCAUUCUGCAGGGCACGAAGGCCAAAGCUACGAGUCUGCACGACGUCGUCAUCGUCUCCUACAACUCCCUGAAGUGUGUCGAGGAGGCACAAUUCCACGUUGUGAUCCUGGACGAGUCGCACUACAUCAAGGCGGGCGCCGCGAAACGCGCGCAGCUCUCGCUGAAGAUCUGCCGCAACAGUCGACGUGUGCUGCUGCUCUCCGGCACGCCGGCGAUGUCGCGCCCGAUUGAGCUGUACGCGCAGCUUCAGGCGAUGCAGCCCGGCAUUAUCCCCAGCAAAGCCCACUUCGGCGCGCGCUAUUGCAACUCCUAUGUUAGCCGCUUCGGCAUCGACAUGACAGGGCACUCGCACACCGACGAGCUGCACAGCCUGCUGCGGCAUUACAUGAUUCGACGCACCAAGAAGGAGCUGGGCGGCGAGCUGCCGUCCAAGUCGCGGCAGCUGCUUUACGUGUACAUCACGGACAAGGAAAAGAAGGCGCUGGAGAAGCAAAUCGUCGCUCUGCGGCGCAGCCUUGCCGCGUCGUCGGGCCCCAGCUGCUCAUCAGCCCUGACGGGUGGAGGUGGUGCGAGUGCGGACUUUGCGGCGCGGACACCAAACGCGUUCGAGAUGAAGAUGGCCACCGCCCGCGCCAAGAUACCCGCUGUGCAGGACUACGUCGGCAGCAUCGUCGAGCAGCACCUCGACUCAGGCGAGAAGCUCAUCUUAUUCGCCCACCAUCAAUGCAUGAUGGAGGCCCUGAAGGCCGCGGUGGAAGCGGUGCGGCCACGGCAGCCGAUCGACUACAUUUACAUCUCCGGCGACACCCCCGCCGCGCAGCGCGAACCGGCGGCAGAGCACUUCCGCACAGAGCCAACGUGUACGGUGGCCAUCCUCUCCAUGCAGUCGAGCGGGACGGGGCACAACUUCACCUGCGCCUCCACGGUGGUGUUCACGGAGCUGGACUGGAACCCCAGCACGCAUCUGCAGUGCGAGGAUCGCGUGCACCGCAUCGGACAGGCGCAGCCGUGCCAUAUUAAGUACCUCCUCGCGGAGGGCACGUCCGAUAGCGUGAUUUGGCCACUCCUGCAGACGAAGCUGAGUGUUACAACGGCCAUGUUUGAGAACACCGGCAGCGCAGCGGAGGUGCAGCUGCAUGAUGGGGCAGACAAGCAGAACGUCGCACGGCGUGACGUCGUCGCUGCCUCUGCGGCCAUGAGCACCGCGGCGUCUACGCCGUCGUCGUCGCAGCAGAGCACACUGGACCGCUUCCUGCCACCGCCCUCGCCGUCGCAGUCGAUGAAAGGAGAGGAAGCGACGGCAGUCAAUGCGGCGCCGCCAUUGAAUCCAGCGCUGCGUCUCAGUGUGCUCUCUCCACCACUGCUACAUCAAUCUUCCCUUCGUUCGACAGAGCGUGAUGCGGUCGAGACGCCUGGGCUUGUGCUGACACCGAGCAGCCCGGCGCAGCGCCUCUCUAACGGUCUCAUGGGCAGUCCACUGUCCUUGCCACGAGGCAGCUGCUCUAUUGCUGGUGGUGGCCACGGUGACCUGAAAGCUACAACGACUGCUGCUGCUGCCGCCGCCGCCACACCAGUUGCCCCGUCCCUCGUCGUCUCUUUUGCGGAUAUGGGCAACGCCUACGCGGACGCACUCCCGCGGCCGCACAAGCACGGUACCUCACUCUCCUCCGCCGCUGCGUCGUUGGCGGCCGCCACCGCCACGAGCGCCGCUGGUGCAUCGCCUCGUGGAGUGAAACCCGGUGCGGCGCGUGAGGAAGCGCUUCCUUGCACCUCCGCCCCCUCGGCAACCGCAGCGACCUCCGUGUUGGACCUCAUGCGGCAGACCUCGUCUAAACCGCCUCUUCAGGUGUCGAGUCGUGCCGCCACGUCCGUCUUAAACCCAGUUAUCGUGGACCUCACGGACGCCACUACUACCACCACGUCUUGUGCGCCACAAGGACUUUCAACGCAAACAGCGAUGCAGCCGUUAUCUGCAUCCCACAUCGCACUUCCUCUUGCCCCGUUCAUCGUGGUGACCUCCCCGGCUGCGACGGCGACGGCGGCAGCGCCACCACCACGGCGGACCGUGUUCACGCUCGGCUCAUCUUCCACUUCCACCUCCACAUCCGCAUCAUUAGCAGCGACGUCGGCAAGCGCCACCGCGGUCGCAGCGGACGUACCCUACGUCAGCGCACCACCUGUUCUUGUCGCUCCUCCCAUCGCAUCUCAGCCGCCAACAUACAUACGGGCGGCUCUUGAUGUACCUCUCAACAGCAGCUGCAACAACGGCAGUCGUACCGUGCCUUCUGCUGCAGCUCCGCUGAGCAACGUUGGUGCCGUCAGCAUUCCGCUGCGACCAAACCUGCAUUUCAAGCGUCCGCGCAGCGAUGUUGAGCCUGGCGGCAGUCGCGGUGGUCCUUCUGGCCAAGCACACGCGGCCACAACGGCGCCGCUGCGGCAUUUCGGCGAGUCCCCUCUCGUAGCUCCCGCACCGCUACGGAACUCUCACACACGUGGGGAACAGAGUCAGCAGGGUGCGGUGCCUUCUUCCUCCGUCGCAGUGGUGUCUACGCCAACGUCUGCGCUGUCGUCCUCGCCGUCCGCACUCUCGCGCCACCAUGUCUCUGCGCCGCAUCCGCUGACUCUGGCUGCUGCACCUGCUGGUGGUUUUCCUCUGGCGGCUUCUUCUGCUGCUAUCCCGCCAACCUCAACUGCCACCAGCGGCGCGGCGCGCCGUACUCUGUUCAGGCUUGUCAGUAACGGCGAAGGGGCGCAGACGGUUGAAAAAGGCUGA